AUGCGCCUCUUGACUCAUAGUGUUCAUGUCGCUGUGAUAUAUCUCUGGGUAAGCCAUUUACAGCGCAAUCGCUAUUUGCAUUAUUUGCAUUUCAGUUUGGAGGCCAUGGCUCUUUCCCGCUCCAGCGGUGCUGUUCGAAGGUUCUUCUGGUCCCGUGGCAACCCAGUGGUCGACAAGGCCACCAAGCUGAUUGAAGCAAAUCCGUGUGUUGUUUUCUCCAAAUCAACAUGCCCAUUUUGUGAUAUGGCCAAGAGCGUUUUGCUCAACGACCUGAAGGCGAAGGUUCACGUCAUGGAGAUUGAUCGUGAAUUGAGUGGCGAUGAAAUGUCUGCAUUGCAGGACCACUUUCUGAAGACCACAGGGGCACGAUCAGUGCCGCGAGUUUUCAUUGAGGGAAAUUGCAUAGGUGGCGGUACAGAUGUUGCAGCUUUGGCGGAAAGGGGUGAGCUGAAAGACAUGCUGGUGAAGGCAAAAGCACUUGAAGAAUUAUGCAGGGAGGAGCCCUGCAGUUUGCCAGGAAAACUCAGCAUGUCGUCUCACCACGUGUUUUCCACAACCGGCUUAGCGCAAACCAAAGACCACAAGCAAAAUGGAUCAAAAAUUACAGCAGAACACUUGGAAAGAGAGAAACCAGAUGCUUGA